AAGAGUAGGCACUGUGGUUUGAGACUUCUGCUCCAAGCAACCUGUGGCUGUGACUGAUUGCUCUGCUCCAUGGCCACUUCUGACCCAAAAGAUCAGGCAUGGAUCCCCAAAUAUUUCAGGAAGAAAGUCUGCACAACUUUCAUUGAGCAACCUAGUGAUACAGGUGCCUCCAAUUUCUGCCAGUGUGGCAGUCCUCGCAAAAACCAUACAUCAGUAGCCAUAGAAGAUGCUUUUGGAGCAGCCAUUGUCAGCAAAUGGGACUCAGCGCAACAUACCACAGAGAGUCCAACUGAUGCAUAUGGGGAGGUGGAAUUUCUAGGCACUAGCCGUAGACCGAGCAAGUUCAUUCGCCUCUCUGACUCAUCUGAUCCUCGAACUGCUUAUAAUUUAGUAACGCAUCACUGGAAAAUCCCACAUCCCAACUUGGUGGUGUCAGUGGUGGGAGGCGAAGGUGAGGGGCCCGUAAGGGCCUGGCUCAAAGAUGUGCUGAGAAAGGGGCUGGUUAAAGCAGCUCAGAGCACAGGUGCCUGGAUUAUGACAAGUGGUCUCCAAGCUGGUGUGGGCCGGUAUGUGGGGGAAGCAGUGAGAGACCACGCUAUGGCCAGUACCAGCCGCAGCACUCAUGUUGUAGCAAUGGGCAUUGCUCCAUGGGGUAUUGUUGAGCAGAACCAUUGUCUUGUCAACCCCAAGGGUUCCUUCCCAGCACGUUACCCCAGGACAAAUCCUGUGAGUCCUUACUGCCCUCUAGAUUCCAACCAUUCCACCUUCUUCUUGGUGGACAAUGGGACACUGGGCAGAGCAGGCGGAGAGGCUGCCUUUCGAGCCCGUUUGGAACGCUACAUUGCCCAGCAGAAAGUGGGAGCUGGAGGUGAAGGGAGUAUUGAGAUUCCUGUGUUGCUGCUGCUCAUCAGUGGGGAUGCAGCCAUAUUCAAGCGAGUAUCAGAGGCUGUACAUGCCUCCAUUCCCUGCCUCCUUAUAGCUGGAUCUGGGGGAGCAGCAGACUGCUUGGCUGAAUUGUUGGAAGAAACACAACCUGGGGAGUCCCUGAAAACUCUGGCAAUGAAGAAAAUGCAGAGAAAAUUCCCAGACAAUGACUUGGAGGAGUUGGCUGAGCAGGUGGAAAGCAUUGGGAAUCUGAGGGAAUUGGUGACCAUCUAUUCAGACCAAGAAGGUUUGGAAGAGUUUGAGACUGUCCUGCUUAAAGCUCUAGUGAAAGGAUGUCAGCGGUCAAGCAAGGCCACCUGUUAUCUGGAUGAGCUACGUCUGGCAGUAGCCUGGAAUCGGGUGGACAUUGCCAGCACAGAAUUGUUCCGUGGGGACAUUGUCUGGGAGCCCAACCUGCUGGAGAACCCAAUGCAUGAUGCAUUGCUAGGUAAUCGAACUGACUUAGUGCGCCUCUUUGUGGAGAAUGGCUUGGAUGUAGGACAGUUCCUGAAAUGGGGAAAGCUGGAACAGUUGUAUGCUGGGUCCCCCAAGGCCUCGCUGCUGCACAAGCUUUUGGAGGGAUACCAAAAGACAGGCUCUGAGCCACCCACCCCUCCUGAAGACUUCCUGCUGGAACGGUCUUUGCCCGAUUGCCAUUUAUCUCAUGUGACUCUUAUUCUGCACGAGCUACUAGGGGAUGUCUGUGCUCCUUUUUAUGCAGGACUAUACCCUACUGGCCACAGAGGGAUAGGGAAAAAAGGAUUAUUACGAAUUGGAGAUUCCACAUACCAAAAUGAGCGGUCACCAAACCCAUGGACCGAUCUAUUUAUCUGGGCAGUGUUGAUGAAUCGAAAAGAGAUGGCAAUUUACUUCUGGGAAAUGGCACCUGAUGCAGUGGCUGGGGCAUUGGCAGCAGCAAAAAUACUGCGGGAACUUUCACAUCACGAGACAGAGACAGAGGAAGUGGCAGCCAUGAAGGAUCUAGCAAUGCACUUUGAAAACCUGGCCAUAGGAGUAUUCAGUGAAUGUUACCGUAAUAGUGAGCCACGGGCCUACAAACUACUGGUUCGCUGUUCCCACCUCUGGGGUGGAGCCACUAUCCUCCAGCUGGCUCACCAAGCUGAUGCCCGUCUCUUUUUUGCACAGGAUGGUGUGCAGUCCCUGCUUACCCAAAACUGGUGGGGAGAAAUGGACCGAAGUACCUCUGUCUGGAAGCUACUUCUCACAUUUUUUUGCCCCCCUCUCAUCUUUACUAAACUCAUUACAUUCAGGAACAUGGAUGAUGAUCUGCGGCUGGAUUCCUUGGAACAGUUUGAACUGGACAGUCUUGAUACAGAUGUGAAAAGUACCAUCGGAGACAUGUUGUCUGAAAGUUUGAAACCUCCCUCCCCUCUUUCUGCUCGACAACUCUGGUUACAACAGUGGCAUCAAUUCUGGGUGGCACCAGUGACAGCAUUCCUGGGCAAUGUGGUGAUGUACUUGCUCUUCCUCUUCCUCUUCUCCUACGUUCUGCUGCUGGAUUUUGACCCUCCACCUCCCAAAGGUCCAUCUGGCACUGAGAUAGCUCUAUACAUCUGGAUCUUCACACUAGUCUGUGAAGAGGUGCGUCAAGGAUGUUUUGUGGGUUCCCGUCCUUUGUUGCAGAGAGUACGAAGGUAUAUCCUGGACACAUGGAACCAGUUUGAUAUCACGGCCCUGCUACUCUUCAUGGUAGGGCUAGUAUGCAGGCUGUUUCCUUCGUCAUAUGAAUCAGGACGCACCAUUCUGUGCCUGGAUUUCAUGAUCUUCACCCUUCGUCUCAUCCAUAUCUUUGCAGUAAACAAACAGUUGGGGCCCAAGAUGAUUAUCGUUGGCAAGAUGAUGAAGGAUGUAUUUCUCUUUCUCUUCUUCCUUGGGGUAUGGCUGGUAGCCUAUGGGGUCACAACUGAGGGUCUCCUUCUCCCCCAUGAUCGAAGAAUCCCUUGGAUAUUUCGACGUGUUUUCUACCGACCUUACUUGCAAAUUUUUGGACAGAUCCCACUCAGUGAAAUUGAUGCUUCCCAGUUUACAGCCUCGAAUUGCACCUAUGACCCUAUAGCCAUCUUGAUGGAGGACGCGAACCCUUGUACCAAUACCUAUGCUAACUGGCUGGUGCUCAUUCUCCUAGUGAUCUUCCUGUUGGUAGCCAAUAUUCUGCUCCUCAACUUGCUGAUUGCAAUGUUCAGUUACACGUUCUCCAAAGUGCAAGGCAACAGUGAUAUCUACUGGAAAUCACAGCGAUACAGCCUUAUCUUGGAGUAUCAUAGCCGGCCUGCAUUGGCUCCACCCUUCAUCCUGAUCAGCCACCUACAUCUUUUGUUCAAGCGUCAUAUCAGCAAAGUGCAGUCAGCAAAGAGACGUGACUUCUUGCUAGAACUCUCUGAGAUCCAAAAUAGGCGAUUACUGACGUGGGAAUCGGUACAGAAAGAAAAUUACUUAGUAACACAGGCUCGACAGAAACGUGACAGUGACACUGAGCGACUCCGGAGAACUUCCCAAAAAGUCGAUCAGGUAUUAAAGCAGCUUUCUGAUAUCAAAGAAUCAGAGAGACGUCUGAAGACCCUUGAGAUGCAGAUGGAGUACUGUACCAGUGCCUUGUCUUGGAUAGUAAAUAUCUUGGCCCAGAGUGACAUAGCAAAAGGAAAACAAGUUCCACCUAUUCAGAAAAAAGAUUGAAUUUUUCCAUAGAACAUGAAAAGACAGUGAAGAAGUGUCAGCUGCUGCUGUUUACAAAAUCCCAAAAGUGUCUCAACACUUGAUGCCUCAGAUAAUUAAAAUGUAGGCUUCAGCAGGAAAUAAUUGAGAAUCCAGGAUCACAUUUCAGUUCAGCUACAAAUACCCUACGUCUGACUUUAGUUCCCUUCAUUGGGAAUAUGAAUUAUCUACCUCACAGCAUUUCAAUGAGAAUGAAAUGUGGACAAUUAGAACAAUUGAUAUACCAGGCAUGCAAAAACAAUAGAUAACAAUCCUGUCCUAUACUUAUAUUGAUAACUGAAUCAGCUGCUAAUUUUGUUUGCAGUCGGUAAAAUGAAGACUCAGAAUGUUGUCAACCACUCAGAGUGCUGUUAUAUGGAGUGGUAUAUAAGUCUAAAUGCUAUUGCUAAAACAAUGAUAUAUGGGUGUAAAUCAGUGGUGGGUUUCAAAUUUUUUUACUACCGGUUCUGUGGGUGUGGUUUGGUGGAUGUGGCAUGGCUUGGUGGGCGUGGCAAGGGAAGGAUACUGUAAAAUCUCCAUUCCCACCCCACUCCAGGGGAAGGAUACUGUAAAAUCUCCAUUCCCUCCCCACCCCAGAGGAAGGUUACUGCAAAAUCCCCAUUUCCUCCAAUCAGCUGGGACUCGGGAGGCAGAGAAUAGAUGGGGGUGGGGCCAGUCAGAAGUGAUAUUUACCAGUUCUCCGAACUACUCAAAAUUUCCGCUACCGGUUCUCCAGAACUGGUCAGAACAUGCUGAAACCCACCUCUGGUGUAAGCACUGAGAUGGGCAAUCUUUUGAUGGCUAGGUCACAAUUACAUUGAGCUCUUCAAAAUUCAAAAAGAAAUAAUAUGAUGCAAACCUGAGGAGACUAGCUUUUCUGGGGUGUUUGGGGGAAAUGUUCUUUGUUUCUAUUGGUUAUACUUUGAUUUUCCCAUGAUUCCUGAUAUAAAUUAGCAAGAAACUGUGGUUCUGAUAUGCUGCUCAGAGCUUUUGGAUGAACGUCUUAUCACUGGAUACACCUGAUAUAAUAUUAAUGGGAAUAGGUAGGACAUGCUAUGCCUUAAAGGAAUAAAUGGGAAUUAAUUAAAGUCCAUGACUCAUAUGCAGGAGGCCCAAGGUUCAGUCCCUGGCAUACCUAUCAAAAGAAUCUUGAUGUAGCAGGAGAUAGAAAUGUUUUCUUAUUGCCUAAAAGCCCUAAAACUAUUAAUGAAAAUAGAUAAUGCAAUGAUAUGACCUAUUACAAAACAGCUUUCUGUAUUCUUAAGAUAAUUACCUCCAUAAGUCUUCAUAUGGACAAUCCAGGCUGACAUUAAUUUCUCAAGUGCAUGUUUGCUUGAUAUCUCUUUCCUAGUUGUCUUUGAAUCAACCAAGGUGCCAUGCACUUGGUAUUGUACAAGAAGAGUAAGUGAAAUCAUGUGUGAUAACAUUUUCUAAUAUAAUAAUGAGUAGAAACUAGAACUUUUCUAACUGAUGAUAUAUCCAUCAGUUCUAAUGGCUGGGAUUCACAGACAACAGCAUAGUUGACACUUGCAAGCCAAAAGAUAUUCUCCUAAUCAUGUAAUUAGUUUUGUGUCUUGCUUGAGAAAAAAACUUGAUUGGUUUAUACUUUAAAAUUAUACCUACUAGAUGAUUAGGAUUCUAGAGUGAAAAAAAAAAGUUAGAUCACCCAAGACUUUUGCUUAACCCACUCAGUUCUGGGAAAUACAAAGAAUAUUGUAUCCAUUUCAACCUGCACAUGACCAAAGAUCCUUUAUAUACAGGGAGAGGAAGUUGCUUGUUUGCAAACAGACAGAAGGCAGCAAUCCUCAGUAUUUAACCUGAAUUUCCCUCUUGGUAUUUUCAACAUAAGUGAUGUCUGGUCAGUAAAACAAAUUAUACUUUUUAUGUUAAGAAAACCUAUACCAGUAUACAUUAAAUGUCUUUCAGACAGAAAACUAAACAUAGCCAUGGCUAGGCAAAAUUAAGUGAACAAAGGAGUUACUGAGAAUCAGGCAUUUAGUCUUUCCCCUGCACCAUUAUCAAGUUAAAGUUGUUUCAAAUAUGGUUAAUUUCACUGAUAAAUCAAUAUCAUUGUAUCAGGUAAUAUAUUUCCUCCUGGCUACAUUAGGAGCAGCUUUAUUAGGACAAUAAUUUUUAACUCUGCCACUUCCUGCCCAUUUCCAAGCUGUUUUUAAGUUUGUUUCUUAAACCCAGCAAUCAAUCCUAUCAAAGAGGAUUCUAGCUCUCCAUCAUAUUUGAUAUGCCCUGACCUGAGGUCAAAAAAUCUGCUGCUCUCUUAAUGGAAUAUUGAUUCUCAGCUUUGUUUUUAAUCAUGGGAGUCUUCCCAGCACUCUGGAGAUUAGCAAGGGGGGAAAACAGUAAUUACGGUCAGUUAUAGAUAAUUGCAGAAUGGUAUUAUAUUGCUAGAAGAUAAAGUUUGUUCCAGAGAAUAAUUAUGGCAUUUAGCUUUCAAUGUUAGCCUUCAGUCUUUUUAGGGUUUUUAAACUGUGAACUUGUUUGUGAACCAAAUGGUAACUAAAAGGUUAUUUAAAAAUCAAGUCAUUUAUACAAAGUCAAUUUUCUUUAAAAAAUGUCACUUUUAUGGUUAAAUUAAUAUUACUUCUUCUAACAUUGCUUGUUGUUGUUGUUGUUGUUAGUUGCAAAGUUGUGUCUGACCCAUCGUGACCCCAUGGAAAACGUUCUAACAUUGCUAGAAGUAUAUAAUAGAAGCAUUAGAAUGCAUAUGUCUGGAACUUUAAUAAAUAAAAGGAAAUUAGUGCUGUUAA